CCCGCCUGGCGCCGGCCCGCGCCGCGGGCCCUCCGCCGCAGAAGGCCCCCGCGCCCAGGAGCGCCGCGGAGGCGGCGAGGCCGAGCACGGCCGCGGCCAGCGGCGAGGCGCGGCGCGAGGGCAUCGCGGCGGGGGGUUGGCGAGCGCCUUUUUUUCGGGG